AUGAAUUGGUUCAUAGUGUUGUGGUGCCCUCUGUUUCAGUUUGUCCUCUUUGGCACUCCCGACAUAGUUUUUGCUCAAUCAAACUCUGAUCAAGAAAGUCUCAUUGCUAUCAAGAAUUCAAUCACUUUGGAUUCUCUGAAUGUUUUUGCAAAUUGGGUCCCCAGUAUUCCCUUCUGCAACUGGACAGGAGUAGCUUGUGAUGCAUCAGCUCAGAGAGUAGAGUCCCUAAGUCUUGAGAGCUUCCAAUUACAGGGCUCUGUUUCCCCUGCAAUUGGAAAUCUCUCCUUCAUAAAAGAACUCUAUCUCUAUAACAAUAGCCUCACUGGGGAAAUUCCACAGGAAUUGGGGAGACUACAGCACCUGCAACUACUAUAUCUAUCACUCAAUAAACUUCACGGCCCAAUUCCAUUGAAUCUCUCUGCUUGCCAGGGCCUAAUACAAUUGUCUCUAGCGGAUAAUCAUUUGACAGGAAGCAUUCCACCACAGCUGAGUCGCCUCACUAAACUUCAAGUUCUUAUGCUGGGAAGUAACAACCUCACAGGUACAAUUCCGUCAUCUUUAGCCAAUCUUUCUUCUCUAUAUAGGCUGUUUCUGGAAACUAACCAUCUCCAAGGCCUAAUUCCCCAUGAAUUAGGACAGCUAAAUGGAUUGCAGUCCCUGUUUUUAUUUGAAAAUAAUUUAUCAGGGUCAUUUCCAUCUUCCCUUUCAAACAUAUCUGUCCUCACUGAGUUAGAUCUCCACAGCAACAACUUGAAUGGUGAAAUCCCACCUGAGAUGGGGAAGUUAGCUCAGUUGCAAAUACUUUAUCUAUGGGGUAAUAACCUCACAGGUGGAAUUCCAAACUCUCUUGCCAAUUGUUCUCAAAUGGUUAAUCUGGACAUCGAGUUAAAUCACCUGACAGGGGUUGUGCCAGUGGAAUUCAGCAAGCUCUCCUACCUUGAGUUUAUGAGUUUAUCUUCUAACCAACUUGUUAGUGGCAGUUCUACCACAAUCCCCAUUCUCUUAGCUCUUUCCAACUGCACCCAAUUGAAUGAAUUGCGUUUCCAUGACAAUUAUUUAACAGGGCACAUACCAGAACAACUCCCCACAAACUUGUCUGUGCUUUUACUAAAUGGAAAUAACAUAACAGGAUCUAUACCUUCACAGAUUGCCAAUCUAACCAAUUUGACUCAGAUUGAUUUUUCUUCAAAUCUGCUUGCGGGCCAGAUCCCCUCUUCAUUGAGCAACCUUGGAAAGUUACAAAGCUUACGGCUGGACAACAACAAGCUAGAAGGAAGCAUACCUAGUGAGAUUGGUGAAAUAACAGAGCUUGGGGAGCUAUCAUUGAGCCAUAACAUGCUUUCUGGAGACAUCCCUGCCACCAUUGCUCGACUUCAACAACUCAGACGCCUUAUACUUCAUCACAACCAACUCUCAGGAAGCAUACCAGUUAGUUUGGGGAAAUGCUAUAAAUUGGAGCUGCUGGACCUUUCCAACAAUCAAUUCACUGGACAUAUACCCCUUGAAGUGACCUCUCUUCACAAUUUACAGUUUUAUUUCAACUUGUCACGGAAUUCAUUGGGAGGACAUUUGCCUCAAGAAAUUGGAAAGAUGAUAAAUGUCCAAGCUAUAGAUGUCUCUGCCAAUAGGUUAGAAGGUCAAAUUCCAGCCACCCUCGGAAGUUGUGCAAAUCUCCAGCUUCUAAAUCUUUCCUCAAAUAAAUUGCAAGGCCUAAUUCCAAAUUCCCUUGGUGACUUAAAUAACCUAGUGGAUAUGGAUCUGUCUUAUAACAACCUGUCAGGACCUGUGCCUAAUCCUUUAUGGAAUCUGAAGAUGUUUGAGUAUAUGAACUUGUCUUUCAAUAACUUGAGUGGAGAAAUCCCACAAGAAGGUGCCUUCAAAAAUUUCACAGCUGCAUCAUUUAUAGGAAAUUCCUUUCUUUGCGGAGAAUGGAUACAUCUUCCCUCCUGUUCAAUUGUCACUACUUCAGGUAAAACCCAUAGAAAUAAAGUUCGAAUAAUUGCAUUAGCAGUGGGAGCAGUUGCCAUUGUAAUGUGCUUGCUAAUAGGGGGAUUAAUUUACAGGAGAUGUCACUUGCAUAUUCAGAGAAUGAAUCAGGGUGACUCUACAGAUGUUCCAAAGCUGAAUCUCAUUGGUCACAGGGGAAUUUCGUAUCAAGAAAUCAUUAAAGCAACUAAUGGAUUCAGUGAGGAAAACUUGUUAGGAACUGGUAGCUUUGGCUCUGUUUAUAAAGGUAUUUUAAUUGAUGGUACAGUUGCUGCUUUCAAGGUCCUCAACAUGAAAAAUGAAAUGGCCUGGAAAAGUUUUACUGCAGAGUGCAAAGUUCUGGGAAACUGUAGGCACAGGAAUCUGGUUAAUCUGAUAACCUUUUGUUCAGAAACAGAAAACAAAGUGUUGGUUCUCAAGUUCAUGUCUAAAGGAAAUUUGGAAAAACUGUUGUUUUCAGAUGGUGGUUUAUUGGACCUGGGGGACAUAGUAAACAUAGCAUUAGAUGUAGCCCAUGGAUUGGAAUAUCUGCAUCAUGAUUGUUCAGUGCAAGUUGUACACUGCGAUAUAAAGCCUAGCAAUAUUCUCCUAGAUGAGGGUAUGACAGCCCAUGUAGCUGAUUUUGGCAUUGCCCAAUUGAUUUGUGGGCCAGACUACUCUGAAUCAUUGACUUCAAUUCUGUCUCUCAAAGGAUCAAUCGGCUACAUUCCACCAGAAUAUGGAGUGAGUGGGAAGAUUUCGACGCAGGGUGAUGUUUACAGCUAUGGUAUUGUGUUGUUAGAGAUGAUAACUAGAAAGAGUCCAACUAAUGAUAUGUUCAUGGGAGAAUUGAACCUCCACAGGUGGGUCAGUAUGCAUUUUCCUGAUAGAGUGCAGGAGAUUGUUGACCAGAGAGUGAUGAGUGAUUUAGAGGAAUAUGAGAUAAAUGAAAUUCUUAUUCCAUUCAUACACAUUGGCUUGGUAUGUUCAAAUGAAUCACAUUUGCAACGACCCACAACACAAGAGGUGGCAGGAGCAUUAGAAAUUAUGAGGAACAAUCUCCUUCGAAGCACAGGGACUACCAGACUACAGACAUAUUUUUAAGCUUCUGUUGGUGAUAAUGAAAUAUGCAGUUGGCAAGUCAGGAUAAGAUUUGUAAAUAUAUAGGAUUCUUUGUUUGUUUUGAAAUCCGUGAAAGUGUUGCUAGUUUUGCUGAGCACUGUUAAUUUCUCAGUUAUAAUGUUAUGUUGCGAUUUUGAGAUAGGAGAAAUAACCUUUCAGUAGGCGUAUAAAUAUAAGUGACAUAAUGUGGUCGACC